UGUCACUAAUCACGUGUGUUGUCAAGAUGGCGUCUCCGAAUGGAGGUGAGGACUUUGAAUCCUCUCUGCUGAGUUUUGAAAAACUUGACCGGGCUUCACCUGACCUGUGGCCAGAGCAGUUACCGGGUGUCUCAGAAUUUGCAGCAUCCUUCAAAAAUCCCAUCACAAAUUCUCCACCCAAAUGGAUGGCUGAACUGGAGUCAGAAGAUAUUGAGAUGUUGAAAGAAUUGGGGAGUUUGACCACAGCAAAUCUGAUGGAGAAGGUGAAGGGCCUGCAGAAUCUGGCAUAUCAGUUGGGCUUGGAGGAGUCCAGAGAAAUGACAAGAGGGAAAUUCCUUAACAUCUUGGAGAGACCGAAAAAGUGAAGAAUCAGAUAAAACCGUUGACAGCGACCUUUGAUUUUUGGGUCAGCUACCAGCUGAUUGUGGUGUUGUAAGGCAGAAUAACAGUAGCAUGAUAUGUUAGCUUUCAAAUUAUUUAACUGAAAUGAUACCAAUUUUGGGUCUCAGCAUCAUAACAAUGCAUAAUUUUUGUAUAUAAAUUUGCAGAACUUUUUCAGGUUCUUUUAAAUGACAGCAGUUGAGGAGAAAUUAUUGGGUAGCCUAGUGGUGUGCUUUUCAAUACAUGUUCAUAAUGUAUUUAUUUUUCUCUUUAGUGUUUAAUACAGUUUAAUACAAUUUAUGUUGUUUAAUAAAAUUUCGUUGUUAUUUGAAUGAAAUACAA